AUGCUGGCCUUGCACCUCCUCUCGCCUGGCCCUACUGUCGGCGUAGUGCCCAGCACUAAGCUCAAGUUAAAGCCUACCCUCCCUUACCUCCCACCUGCUAAACCCAUCUACGAUCGGGAACCCUUCGCGUCCUGGCACACGCUCGACUCCCUACUCCAGCCUACCCGUCUCGACCUACCUGCUUUCCUCACAUCACACAGCAUCGUCCACACCAGCACCCGCCCGGCCCUGAUGCCAUACAUCGACCCCCUCGCCUCGCUGGCCUCGAGGGUCUUCUUCCUCGUCUACCACGUGCUCUCCCCGCAUGCUGCAUCUACCACACAUCUCACGGUCCCCAUGGCGGAGGACCUCUCCUUCACUAUACCGCGCCGUGACGAAGGCCGCCGGCUACUACCAGAGAGCUUGUUGCUGGAGAUCCAAGGAGGUCAGGGGAUCCAGGUGUAUGAUGUGCGGGUGACGCUCUCUGCGCGGCUGAGCGGCUUGCGCGGGUUUAUGUACCGCUGGCGGAUCACCGCGUUUGUGUUGUUUACUGCGGCCUUCUGGAUCGGCGGCGUGGGUGUGCUGGGCGGGGCGGUGUUGCUGGUGGGGAUUAAUUUGAAGGAGGUGAAGGAUUAUGAUUUUGAAGAGGACUCGGAGGCGGAAGACGACGACGAUACCGUUCGGACGGAUAACGAUAAGCUCCUAGGGAGGAAGUGGCGGGGCCCGAAGAGGUGGCGCAAGAGUGAUUCCUCGCCUUCGUCUGAUACCGACCGGGACGAGGGAGGAUUAGGGCUGAGGCUGAAUAUUAAGAAAGAGGAGGACACCGAGGGCGAGUCGACCCCAAUUCUCCCUAGCGUGCCGCCGGUCGAAACCAGCACUGAAGCGGACGACGAAGCCGAGACGGAGGUACCUGAGAGGAGAAGAAGCAAAGGCAAAUCGGUGAAGCGCGAGGAGAGUGUGGAAUCUAGAGACGAGGGAGUGGCGACUAGUUCCAGCGCGCAGGCCGGUUCUGAGGGCGCUAGGAAGAGGACUGUUGCCACGCCUGAGGCAUCGGAGGAAUGA